AGUAAAUCCUAUCGAGCUUACACUGUGCACUCGAAUUUAAGAUUACAAAAAAAAUAUUUAGGCAAUAUCUGAUGAGCGGCCUCGUUCUAACGGUUGCUCUAGAAACCAGCGAACAAUGUCGACCGAACAUAUGAGCGGAAAGGGUUACACCGCCCUGCGACAAAGUGUUAGUAACACUGAUACUGAAGAUGAAGAUGAAGAUGACAACGUUGCUAGAACACUGGAUAAUAUUUCUAAAGGGGCGGAUAGAAAUACGGAAACCAAUACAGUAUAUGAUAAGGGCUGUUUUUAUCCAUUGGAUGAGACAAGAAAUGUUGCUAAUCGUGGGAAAAAUUGUCGUAAAAUGCUUGGGUAUUGCAACAAUGAUAUUCCUAUUAUGGUAAUUGAUGGGGAUUCUCACUUGGACUUGUGGAAACGUCGUGAAAUGUCUUUGCUUCGACGGUUGUGUCUCGCAAUUUCUAUACUAUUAUGCGUAGCAACGGUGCUAAUAUUUCUAUAUGCUUUACCAUGUGACAAUGAAGUUACAUGUUUAGUGAUUUCGGAGCAACAAUCACCAUUGACAUGGGACAAAACAUUACAGGGUGUUGAGUUGCAUGGGCCAAUUUCUGUGAUACCUGGUUCACCAGAUAGUUUGAUAUUUCUACUACGUGGACAACACUAUGGAGUGAAUAGUUCUGGCUCCUUAAAACAGCAGCAGAUUCCAUCAGAAGGUGGUGGUGUAUUAUCAGUGCAAGGGGUCAGUGGUACACCAUUAUGGUGGGUCACAUUAAAAAGAUUGCCACUUGAAAUUGAUUGCUUUGCCUUGGAUACUGAUGGCUCUGGAAAACCAGAUUGCAUUGUUGCUGGAGAAAAGGGCCUCUUAGUCAGCAUAGAACCAACUACUGGAAUGAUUCAUUGGAGUUCGGCGAUUCAUACAUAUUCAAAAUUACCCGUUCUAUUGCCGGAUAUCGAUUCAGACGGAAUCGACGAUCUGCUAAGUGUUGAGAUUAUGGCAGAAUCAAUUUUAGGCUUAGUUCUUCUGUCUGGAAGAAAUGGUCAAGUGGUAGGUCGUCCCCUAACCCGGGAUUGUUCUUCGAUUCAAAUUAUUAGUUUCAAUUCUAAUGUCACAGUAUCGUAUUCGUGUGAUGAAACUAAUGGGAAACGAUCGACGAAAUCCGUUCCUCUGAAAGAAUUAUUGGAUACUGUAAAUUCAUCACAAGUAGGGAAAAAAUUGACUUCGAAAUCACAAACAUCGUUACGUGGUUUCACCGUUUCAAAUCAUGACGCCAAUAUGUAUAAUUGGGAACUCACGCCGUUUCAUCGUUUAAGUAUUCAAAAUCGUGAAACACAUCCAGAUGAGUUUUACCAGGCAAAUAUUAAUUUAACACUUCACAAGGUAGCAAACGAAUCUCAUUUAAUUUGGAGUCACGUAAACCCUAACUCGUUCGCUAUGGAACCAGCUAUACUCACAAUGACGGGGUAUCCUUACAUGACGGGAUUUGUAAUAAAGUUUUGGCAGUGGCCGCACAACGAGCAACCUGAGCGAAUAAAUUCGAGUCUUAUCAAAAGAAGAUUGACAGAAAGAGUACAAAUUGUCUUAAUGAACUGCACCGAGGUUCACACAAUAAACGCUAGCCAAAUUGAAAUAGUUCAAUUAUGUCGGGAUGGUGACUGUCAACCAAGCUUGCAUUUGCAGACACGGUCAGUUGCUAUAGUUGAUCUAAAUAGGGACGGCACUCGAGAGCUGAUAAGUUAUCGAUCAUCAUAUGAUUUAGAAAAGUCACAAAUCCUAACAUCUCAAAUACAAAUUGUUAAGCUAAAUAUGGAAGUUUCCAAAUUAACGCAGCAGAACGUUGAUUAAUUAUUGACAAAUAGAAUUUCGAAAGGAUUACCUGGUGACGAAUAAUUACAUUCGAAAUAGUGGCGUAUAGCAUAUAAUUUCUACCAAAGUAAAGUAAAUAUGAUAUAAUUUUUUUGUUAUAAUUACUAUAAAGAUUUUUUAUAGGAAAAACAAACCGAUUGCAGCGUGGUAGAAAAUAUAUACAUUAUGUACUUGAAGAUCUCAUAAAAAUCAUAAGUUUUUCUCAUUUCCUACGUUAAAUAAUUAAAUGGCUGCCAUGUAGGAAAAAUAUUAACAUUUAGUUAAAUUUUGUAAACAAAUGUAAAGAUUGAAUAUGAUUAUUAAAGCUUGCAAAAUUUACUUCGAA